AUGACGAAACAAUGGUUAUCAAAUUUUGUAUUAGCUGGUACUAUUAGAUUUUUAUUGAUGAAUUCCGGAUAUCAAAAAAUUAUUACCGACCGUGUGGAAGUUUCUACUGCAUUAAAUUCGUGGAAAAGAGUGACUGAAGGAGUAUAUUUGUACAACUUUGGCAUUGAUCCCUAUACAGGAGAUUUAUUUCAUGAAACACCUAUUGGUUUAUAUGUUUUUAAUUUCAUUCAACAAUAUUUACCACAAUGGGUUUUAUUUUGCUUAUUUGUCUUCACUGAUUUGUUAACAGCAUUACUCCUUGCAUUUACAGCAAAACAGUAUGCAACUGAACUGGUUUCUAAAAGAAAAGAAGAAAAAUUAUGCAAUGAAAAUACAGAAAACCAUGAUGAUUCUAAUUGUGUUGGACAUACAACAACAGUAUUUACAAAUUUAUUGUAUUCUAUAGCAUUGGUUGCUAUGACAAAAUCUUCUAUACUUUGGAGCAGUUUGUCAAUUUCAUUGUUAGCAUUGCAAGGACUGUAUCCUAUUUCACUUAUAGUACCAACAAUCAUCUAUAUUGCUCGUUCUAACAGUACAAAACAAAAAAGGAAUAUUGUAAUCUUUAUUAUGGCAUUUAUAAGCAUGUUAACAGCUCUAUUUUGCAUUUCUUAUUACAUCAUGGGAAGUUGGUCAUUCAUUUCAAGUACACUUGGUUUUAUUUUAACAGUUCCUGAUUUACGUCCAAAUGUAGGACUUUAUUGGUACUUUUUUACAGAAGUAUUUGAGAAUUUUAGAUGGCUUUUUAUUGCUUCUUUCCAAAUAAAUGUUGGUCUAUUAUACAUAGUACCAUUGGCAUUAAGACUACGACAUGAUCCUAUGCUGUUAGCAUUUUCUUAUUUAGCAAUUGCUGCCAUAUUUAAGUCUUAUCCUUGCAUAGGGGAUGUUGGAUUUUAUAUGUCUCUUUUGCCACUGUGGAAGCAUUUGUUUCAAUAUACACGACAGGGAUUCAUUGUAGGCUGUUUCAUGUUAUUUUGUACAGUUUUUGCACCUACUGUUUGGUAUCAGUGGAUUUAUGCCAGAUCAGCAAAUGCAAAUUUUUACUUUGGAGUCACAUUAGCAUUUGCCAUAGCACAAAUUUUUUUACUAACAGAUAUUCUUUUUGCGAGUGUGAAACAUGAGUAUGCUAUACGUUAUGGUAUUAAGGAUGUUAGUGGAAGUACAGUGAAAUUAAUUUUAGAAUAA